GCGCAGAGCAAUCCAUAGAAGAAGAUAAUGGAAAUAGCCAUUAGAAACCAUUUCAUGGGUUUAAGCCCCAAGAUUCUUAACUACAAACCAAUGGAAAAUGUCUUUACUCCUAAUAUUUAUUACAGGAGAUCAUGCUUUUUCCCUGCAAUGAGAAUCAAUGCUCAAAAAUUUUGGGGGAGCAGGGAAGGCCAUAUAAAUCAUCAACCUAUUUGUGCUGUAUUAUCAGGUGUGGCGGAUGUUGGAGUUUCUUCUUCUCAAUUUGAGGACUUCUCAGUGACUAAUAAUGGUACUAAUGGGGGGGAACUAAAGAUAAAUGUAAAGGUAUCUGGAGCCAGAACUCGAGCAAUUUUUGAUGAUGUAUUUGACAAAAUGGUUGCAGAAGCCCAGCCAAUCCCAGGCUUUCGAAGAGUGAAAGGAGGUACUUACAAAUGAAUAACUUGUCUUAAUUGUUUACUAAAUUUAAUUGUCAUGAAAUGUUGCCAUUUUUGACAAUGGUCUUUCAUCAGAUCUUAACCAGUCUAGAUUAUGACCACUUAGCAUGGAAGAUCAAUUUAUUACCUUCGUAUUUGCUGCUUGCAGUUUGUUGAGUGGGCCUUUUUCACUGUUUUCCACACAUGCUUCCAUGCUAAUUUGAUCAUUGUACUUCUACGACAGACACCAUCUGGAAGGAAUCCAAUACCACCACUUAGCUGAAAUUUAGUAUUUAAGGACCUAAUUCUGACGACACUUAACAGAAUUGAUAACUGGGUUUUUGAUAAAUCACAAAAUUGUGAAUAUAAUGAGUAUGAAUAUUGUUUUCCUAUUUGCUUCAUAUUAUCUUUUCUAUUUCUCCUUGCCUGGCAAAUUGUUAACUUCUCUGUGAUCACGUUUCGGUUGAUCUAUCCAACAUCCUUUGGCCUGCCAGGUCAAACACCAAAUAUACCUAGAGAUAUUUUGUUGGAAGUCCUUGGACCUUCAAAUGUUUACAAACAAGUAAUCAUGAAAGUAAUCAACUCUACCAUAGCUGAAUAUGUUGAAAAGGGAGGGCUAGAAGUCAGCAGAGACAUAAGAGUUGAGCAAAGUUACGAAGAUCUCGAGGAGAUGUUUGAACCAGAUGAAAAACUUAGCUUUGAUGCAGUAUUGCAGCUUCAAUAAACAAAUUGAAGUGUGUCUUAUGUUUGGGCAAGUAUCUUAUUGUUGUGUAAAUUCAACUGAGUCUUGAAGAAAACCUAGUUAAUAGUGAUGCCCCUCACAGAAGAUGUGUCCAGACUCCUAGUUAAGCAACAACAGAUUUUUCUUCUUUAUUUUAUUAGAUAUAAAUAAAAAUUCAGGUAGAACUGUUGGAAAAUAAUUAGCAGUGGGCAAUAUCCCCAAGUUAGCUUCCUGAGCUUUGUUCUUUUUCAAUUUUGCCCUCAAACUUAUCUUUAG